AUCCGUCUGAACGACUGGGGGAGAAAGAGAGAUUCAAAAAGACUAGUUUAUUUAUUUUUUAUUUUUUUCGGAGCACCGUUGAGAAAACUUUCUUUUGACCAAUCAGAGCGUAGGAGCUAGGUUAUCUACCUGUUUGAAAUGAAACGUCGACUUGAACAACAUGAGAAACAGGUGCCGAUGCUCUGUAUUGUUGAUUCACCCGCUCGACUAAAACAAAAAUGACUUCUACUGACAGCUAAACGUCAGUUCUAAAACUGAGGACGUUUUCAAAUAUGAGUAGUGUCCAUCACCAAUCGACCCUGGACGCUCUCCCCAAAGCAUUUGUGACCGCCAUGAGGACCCUCUUCGAUGUUAUGGACGACAAGAGGACGGGUUACGUGAGACUGUCGGACAUCGAAAAACGCUGGCAGGGGGAGAUCGGCACUAGGAAUGGAUUGCCCAGCGGCGUCAUAGAAAGUUUGCGAAAAGUGACGCCGGCCAACGGUCUGUUAACUUUCGAACGUUUCUGUGCGGGUUUGAGAAUUUGCUUACUACGGCACGAUUCGAAGCAUUUUGAAAACCAGACAAUUAAAAAAAAUCUCGUUUCCCGACCUUCUUCAGUGCCUCUCCCGGAGAGGGGUCACGGCGGGAUUUCCUUACGGAAACCGGGGACACCACUGGGAAAAUUAACUCACUCUUCAUCCUCAUCGGAACGUCUGCCGAUAAGCGGUAUUUUGUCACCGCCGUUACGCUUGAGUCGUCACAACACCGCCACGGUGCGUCCAAACAAUGUAGCAUCGUUCGUGCAACAGCGAGCUAUUAGUAUGCCUCAAUUACAGCAAACUACCAUUAAAUCACAUCAGCUAGCGGCUAAUCGGAAUGCGGCACCAUCUCCAUCGAAUUGGGUUAAAAAAGAUGGUAUUAUGAGGAGAACUUUACAAUCUUGUGAACCCAUGGAUAGAAAUAAAGUAUCAUUGGCACUUGAAAAGUGGAGAAUGAUGAAAUCUUAUCCAAAUAAACAGGAAAAUCAGGAGAAUAUGCAUCCUCUGAGAAAACUCCAGCUCAGGAACUCUUCGUCUUAUCCUAAUCUACCGAAUGAUCCCGUAUCCAGCAGUGAUGUUGAUAGUGGUGUGGGGAUGAGGCCUCCAGAAAGAGUACCUCCAGCUAAAAAAGCAAUUAGAAGAAGAGAACCCAGAAGACACACUGUUUCAAAUGGUAUUGACUACAAUAUGAUUAAAAGGUUAAAACUAUUGGAGCAAGAGAAAGACUUCCUUCUACAAGGUCUAGAUGUUGUGGAAAGAGCCCGUAACUGGUAUUCACAACAGAUUUCAAAUGUUAAUGAAAAGUUGGAACGUGUUAGCAAAUGGGAUAUACCCCACUCAGAAUAUUCAAUGGAUGCUCAACAAGAGAGGUUGAACUUCCAAAUGACUAGAAUAUCUGAAGUAAAUCAACAUUUAAAUGCUCUUAUGGAAACAUCUGAAAAGGGAUUUCCAAUUCAUAUGAAUUUAGCUGUACAUCAGAGAAACAUAUAUGGGCAGCAGAAAACAGCAACGCAAACCAUACAAAGAUUGAAAAGCCAAAAUCAUGCAUUAACAGAAGAAAUAGGUAAAAAGAGUGAACUGAUAACACAGCUAGAAACGGAAAAAUCAUCUUUGAUUAGAGAAUUAUUUCACGCCAGAACAUAUCCUCAAAAAGAAACAAAUGAUACAACACUAUGGUAGAAACAAGAAUAGAAUUUGUAUAUAUGUAAAUAUUGAUAUAAAAUAUAUUACAAUAAAGUUCUUAUUUUAUAGUUGUUAAA